CGUCGUGUCCUGUCGUGUCGUACGCGGGUCGUUAUCAGCUUAUCAAGGGAUUUCAAGGUGGGUCCUCACUCUGCUGCCCUCACGAGUCACGACUUGGUCUUCUGCUGCUUGGACCAUCGGCGGCCACAUCACGACACCUUCGCCCACGACGACAAACCCUCCGCCUCUUGCUCGCCCGCGCGCGCCAUCAUGGGUGAACCGGAAAAGGGCCGCAUAGCCAUCAAGUUCGGCACAUCGUCCGCCUCCGCCUCCGUCUCCUCUUCCGCCCGGCCGUCUCCGCGCCCGAGGGCCGCACCGCCAUCGAGCCUGGGCAAGCGGCCGCGCGCCCACGCACUCGGCGGCGCCUCCGACUCCGACUCCGACGGCGACGACCGCCACCGCGGGCGCCAUGAGGUCAUCACAGGGUUCGGCGCGCACGGCGCGGAGACGGAGCGCGAGCGGAGCGCGAGGGAGGCCGCGAAGAAGGAGUUUGUCAUUGCGCGCCAGCCCAACCGCGACUGGAGGGCGGAGAUGAAGGCGCAGCGGAGCAGCAGACGGCCGCUGCCUGGCCAGGAAGGGAGGCGGAAGCAGAGCGGAAACCAGCGCGUCGAGACCGAGCCGGCGGACCAGGACAAGGAGAUCAAAUGGGGGUUAACCGUCAAGGAAAAAAAGAAGGCGAGCGACGAUGCGGAUGAGGCCCGGCAGGAAGGCGGGGACGCCCCCGGGACCCAACCACAACAAGGCGACGAGACACAAAAAGAGCCGACUCCCGAGCGGACACUCGACGACGAGGCAAUGGACGCCCUGCUCGGGCGCACCACCAAGACAUCCAAGACCAUCAUCCACCCCGCGCCGCUGACCGAGGACGACGCCUACCGCCGCGACGCCGAGGCCGCCGGCGCCGCGUCCACGCUCGAGGACUACGAAGCCAUGCCCGUGGAGGAGUUCGGCGCCGCGCUCCUCCGCGGCAUGGGCUGGAAGGGCGAGGAGCGCGCCCCCAAGCCCAAGGAGGUGCGCCGCCGCGCCAACCGCCUUGGCCUCGGCGCCAAGGAGCUCAAGGAGGACGAGGACCUCGGCGGCUGGAACCAAGGAGGCGUGCAGAAGAAGAAGAAGCGACCCCGGCUGGACGAGUAUCGCCGCGAGGAGAGCCGCCGCAAGGAAGGCCGGCGCAACCAUGAGGACAGUUACAAGAGGGAGCGCGAGCGCGAGCGCGAGGGUCAUCGCGACGACAACAACAACAACAGGGACAGGCAGAGAGACUACGACAGGCAUAGGGAUCGGGAUGCUCAUCAUCAUCACCGAAGUCGGGACUAUGACAGGGACAGACGGCGUUGACGGUCAUCAGGGGUACAGAGAAAUGCGACAUAGACUUGGGUGCCGCCGGGGGCCCUCCUGCAAACAAGGGUCAUCCAAAAGCGUACACGAGACGAACUGCGAUGCCACGGCAUGCCAUAGACUGUUGACUAAACCAUCCACAGUCAUGAGAUGAGACAAUGACCUUUUUCUAUGCAUAUAUGAUUCUAACAACCCACACCGUGAAACUCUCUUUACAGCGCUACAAGGCACGCCCCCAUGACGCCCUGUCCGGGUAUAUUCACAAGUUGUCCCCCCCCAUACCAUGUAAUAACGUAACAUAGAGGAAUUAUGAAAGAAAAAAACACUACGCAGCCGCCACG